AUGGGGCUGACCAGCAGGGCAGCAGGAGGAAGGGGCACUUCAGCAGGGUCUCUUGCCACCACCUUCAGAGUAGCUCUGCUCUUUUUUGGGCUUUGGGAUGUCCAGACUCAAACAGUCGCCAGCACAAAACCCACCUACAUCUGGCAAACAGGGCCAUGGGGUAGGUGCAUGGGCAGUGAGUGUGGUCCGGGAGGAAGUCAAAGCCGAGCGGUAUGGUGUGCCCAUUCUGAGGGCUGGACCACGUUACACACCAACUGCCAGCAGUCAGAGCGGCCCAGCAACCAACAGAGCUGCUUCCGGGUGUGCGAUUGGCACAAAGAGCUGUACGACUGGCAGCUAGGGGCCUGGAACCAGUGCGUGCCGGUGUCUAUGCGCAGUGCAGGCGUGCCAAGGCCAGCGGUGUGCACUCGAGGCGAAGAGGGCAUCCAGACGCGGGAAGUGGGCUGUGUACAUAAAUCAGAUGGCGUUCCUGCAGAAGAUGCCAUCUGUGAAUACUUUGAGCCCAAACCACGGUUAGAGCAGGCCUGUCUUAUCCCAUGCCCACGUGACUGCGUGGUGUCCGAAUUCUCCCCAUGGACAUCCUGCUCUAAGAGUUGCGGAAUGGGCCUGCAGAACCGUCUGCGAUGGGUUCUAGCUCCGCCCCUCUUUGGUGGCUCAGCUUGCCCCAACCUAACAGAGUUCCGCACCUGCCAGCCUGGCCCCUGCCAGGGUGAGGAGAGCCUGCACAGCUUGAGGGUGGGACCUUGGGGCCCCUGCAUGGCUUCGCCUAUACGACAGGCCCGGGAAGCCAGAGAGCCCAAACAAGCCAGAGAGCCCAAACCUGAACGGAAAGUAAAGAGGGAGCGGCAGGCCAGGCAGGAACGCCAGGGCAAACGUCGCAAGAACAAAGAGAAAAAAGAGGUGAAGGAAAACAAAGGAGAACGUGUGAAGGAUAGGGUCAGGGUGAAGGGAAGGAUGAGGGAUCCUGAGACACGAGAGCUCAUCAAAAAGAAGAGGACGAGGAAUCGUCAGAAUCGUCAGGGGUUGAAGUUCUGGGACCUGCAGGUGGGCUACCAGACCCGGGAGGUGACGUGUGUUCACCGGAGCGGAAGCACAGCGGUGCUCAGCCAGUGUAACCAGCAGACUCUUCCUGUGACAUAUCAAGCCUGUGUCAUCCCAAAGGACUGUGAAGUGACCGAGUGGUCGGACUGGUCCGUCUGCUCAAAGGAGUGCUAUGAUCUGAAUGGACGUAAGGGACAGAGGACACGCAUACAUCAGGUGAAGCAGUUGGUGGGUGGAGGAGCCGAGUGUCCUGAGCUAGAGGAGAGUGAACCGUGUUCUCCUCAAGGAGAAGGAAUCCCGCCAUGUAUAGUGUAUAAUUGGCGAACCACAGAGUGGAGUGACUGCAGAGUGGAUGUCCUCCUCAGCCAACAGGAUCGUCGCCGGAGCAACCAGACAGGGCUCUGCGGAGGCGGGGUUCAAACCAGGGAGGUCUACUGCGUUCAAGCCCCAACCGAAACCUCAUCUAACCUCAGCUCCCUCAAGAACAAAGACGGCUUGCGGCCAGUGAACAGUGACCUAUGUUUGGGCAUUUCUCCUAACACCACCCAGCUCUGCCAUAUUCCCUGUCCUGUGGAGUGUGAGGUGUCCUCCUGGAGCGCAUGGGGGCCCUGCACCUUUGAAAACUGCCAGGAUCAGUCCACAAAGAAGGGUUUCAAACUGAGGAAAAGGAAAAUCAUGAACGAGCCCACAGGUGGCACAGGAAACUGCCCCCACCUGACAGAAGCGAUUCCCUGUGAGGAGCCCAGCUGCUACGAAUGGCUGCUGGUGAAACUGGAGGAGUGUGUGCCCGACAAUGACAAAGUAUGUGGACCGGGAACCCAGAACCCACAAGUACAGUGCAUCAACAGUGACGGUGACUACGUGGACCGGCAGCUGUGCCGGGACGCCAUCCUUCCCAUGCCUGUGCUAUGCGAUGUGCCCUGCCCCAAAGACUGUGUGCUCAGUCCCUGGACUUCGUGGUCUCUAUGCUCAAAUACCUGCUCAGGGAAGAACUCGGAGGGCAAGCAGACCAGAUCACGCUCCAUUCUGGCCUACAACGCUGGGGAAGGUGGAGGUCAGUGCCCCAACAGCAGCGCCUUGCAGGAGGUCCGCAACUGCAAUGAUCAUCCCUGCACCGUGUACCACUGGCAGACGGGACCCUGGGGUCAGUGCAUAGAGGACGCGUCCGUUCCGUCUGCCAACAGCUCGCUGAGCCGCACUGGAGCAGGAGUCGGCACUAAUGAUGCGUUCUGCUCCGUCGGAAUGCAGACGCGCAAAGUCAUUUGUGUCCGGGUCAAUGUGGGCCAGGUGCCACCGAAAAAGUGUCCAGAGAGUCUGCGUCCAGAGACUGUUAGGCCGUGUCUUCUGCCCUGCAAGAGAGACUGCAUUGUCACUCCUUACAGUGAUUGGACGCCCUGUCCUUCCUCCUGCCAAACAGGUAAUUCCUGUCAAAAGAAACAAUCAAGGAAACGCAUUAUCAUACAGCUUCCAGCUAACGGGGGCCAAGACUGUCCAGAAGUGCUCUUCCAGGAGAAGGAAUGUGAUGCUGGAUCUGUUUGUCCAGGCUACAGGUGGAAAACCCACAAGUGGCGCAGGUGUCAGUUGGUUCCCUGGACCAUUCGUCAGGAGAGUCCUGGAGCACAAGAGACCUGUGGACCAGGACUACAGGCUAGAGCCGUAUCGUGUAAAAAGCUGGAUGGUGGACCUGCAGACGUUGCUGCCUGUCUUAAGUUGGCGGGUCCUAUGCCUCAACUCACUCAGUCCUGUCAGCUUCCAUGCCAGGAUGACUGCCAGCUGACCACCUGGUCCAAAUUCUCAUCCUGCGCUGCUGAUUGUGUGGGUGUCCGAACUAGGAAAAGAACUCUUGUUGGUAAAAGCAAAAAGAGAGAACAGUGUAAAAACACACAGAUGUAUCCUCUGAGCGAAACCCAGUACUGCCCCUGCAACAAGUACAAUGCCCAGCCCGUGGGGAACUGGUCUGACUGCAUCCUGCCCGAGGGCGGGCGAGUAGAGGGCCUUUUGGGUAUGAAAGUGCAAGGUGAUAUCAAGGAGUGUGGCCAGGGUUACCGGUUUCAAGCCAUGGUGUGCUAUGACCAGGACAGCCGCCUCGUGGAGACGUCACGCUGCAACAGUCACGGUUAUAUAGAGGAGGCGUGUAUCAUCCCGUGUCCGUCUGACUGUAAGCUCAGCGAAUGGUCAAAUUGGUCCCGUUGCAGUAAGUCCUGUGGCAGUGGAGUCAAAGUGCGGUCCAAGUGGCUUCGAGAGAAACCUUAUAACGGUGGCAGGCCCUGCCCCAAACUGGACCAUGUCAAUCAGGCUCAGGUGUAUGAAGUGGUACCAUGUCUGAGCGACUGCAGUCAGUAUGUCUGGGUGGCUGAGCCGUGGAGCGUCUGGAAGGUCAGUAAUGUUGACCUGAAGGAGAACUGUGGGGAAGGUGUACAGACGAGGAAAGUCAGGUGCAUGCAGAACACUGUCGAUGGACCUUCAGACCCUGUAGAAGACUAUCUCUGUGAUCCAGAGGAGAUGCCGCUUGGAGCCAGAGAGAGCAAGUUGCCCUGUCCUGGGGACUGCGUUUUGACUGACUGGGGCCCUUGGAGUCGAUGCCAAUUGCCAUGCAAUGUGAAUAGUACAAGGCAGAAGACCGCCAGCCCUAUACGUCAGCCUGGGGAUGAGAAACAGUGUCCUUCAACUACAGAGAAAGAAACGUGCACCUUGAACACCAACUGCUUCCAUUACUCCUAUAAUAUCACAGACUGGAGCACAUGUCAGCUGAGUGAACGGGCCGUAUGCGGGGUUGGAUUCAAGACACGCAUGCUCGACUGCGUUCGCAGUGAUGGCAAGUCUGUGGACCUCAAGUUUUGCGAGGAGCUCGGUCUCGAAAAAUGGCAGAUGAACGCUUCCUGUGUGGUCGAGUGCCCUGUCAACUGCCAGCUGUCUGAUUGGUCGUCCUGGUCUGAAUGCUCUCACACCUGCGGUCUAGCUGGGAAGCUCUGGAGAAGGAGAAUCGUGAUCCAGGCCUCUCAGGAGACGACGCCGUGUUCCUCACAGCUGGAACAGUGGAAGCCCUGUCCUGUUAAACCCUGCUACAGCUGGAGGUACAGCGCCUGGUCUCCAUGCAAAUCUGAGGGUGCUCGGUGUGGAGAGGGCCUGCGCUUCAGGAACGUGUCCUGCUUUGUGUCUGAUGGCUCGGGGAAGGAUCCGGGCAGUAUGGUGGAUGAGGAACUGUGUGGAGACCUGGAGCAGACAGUGGAUGGGGAAAAACAGAUCAUCCUGCAGGAGUCCUGCACUGUGCCCUGCCCAGGUGAGUGUUACCUGACAGACUGGACUGUGUGGAGCCCUUGUCAGCUGAGCUGUAUCAGCGGAGACGAUCUGGGCUUCGGUUCGGUGCAGGUGCGUUCUCGUGCCGUUCUAGCUCAGGAACCUGAGAACCUUCUCCAGUGUCCAGAACAGGAAUGGGAAGCCAGGCCAUGUACAGAGGGUCAGUGUUAUGAGUACAAAUGGAAGACCGGUCCAUGGAAAGGCUCAUCUCGACAAGUCUGGUGCCAGCGCUCUGAUGGAUUAAAUGUCACAGGUGGAUGCCCGUUGACAAGCGAGCCGGUGUCUGACAGAUCAUGUGACCCAGUUCAUGACAAACCUCGCUCCUACUGCACCGAGGCUGGGGUGUGCGGCUGCGAGGAGGGUUACACUGAGGUGAUGACUUCCGAUGGAGUGCUGGAUCAGUGCACGCUCAUCCCGGUGCUUGAGAUCCCCACCGCAGGAGACAGCAAGGCCGGCGUGAAGACGAUGAGCCUCAACCCCACUCAGCCCACCGCCAACCUACCAGGCCGCUCCGGUCGCACCUGGUUCCUCCAGCCCUUCGGACCCGAUGGCAAACUGAAGACCUGGGUGUACGGCGUGGCAGCUGGAGCUUUUGUACUGCUAGUGUUCAUUGUCUCUAUGACUUACUUAGCCUGUUUUUGUAUGCUGGCCCGGCGCUCUCCUCCGAGCCCGGACCCUUCCAUUACCUCUGUGGUUUGGGUCGGACCCAACGACCAAGAGCUGAUAUAUACCUGCCCUGACUGUCAGCGCAUUGAGACUCAGUUCAACUAGAACUAUCAGCUCAGUCCCUUCCCUCAUGGCCUUGCCCUGUGGCCAAUCAUGUCCAUCACCUAUGCCUUCUCACAGUCACAUGUGCCUUUCUGACCAAU